AUGAAGAACUCCUCAGAAGCGGACAUUCUGGCUGUGGUGGAAUCUGCCAAGAGAGCUGCCAACAAUUUGCUCCGUACUGGCCGUGUCUGGGAGUACUCUCUCAUCACCAGGAUCGUGCAGAGCCCUGACCCUGUUGACAGGAUGAUCGAGGAGCUGCAGAGCAGAGGGAAUGCUGUGGUUGGCAUCCCAACUGAAGACCCGGCUCCUGUUGCUCCUGCUGUUCCAGCUGUUCCGGCUGUAGCCCAACUGCCAGUUGAGGCUCCGUCUGAGUCCAGCUCAGAAAGCUCUGGGGAACUCUAUCAGUGCCCUGAUCCCACCACGCAGGGAACUUCCCUUAGGGAAAAGAUGUCAAGUUUGGGCCUCUACAAGAAGCACUCGCUUGACCAUAUUCUCCUUGCCAAAUUCGCCAAGUUUCUACAGAGCGACUUGUCGAACGAAAACUUCAAACAGGAGGUGGAGAAUGUUGCCAGGUUCCUGUACUACAUGGACCCCCAGGAGGCCAGUCUCCAGUUUGUCCGUCAGCAUGAGAAGACCCGAGAGUAUUUCCUCAAGCUCUCAGAGGCCGGACUCUGCAAGCAGACGGUGCAGAAUUACAUCAAGAGCGUUAAAAGGUUCUUGAAUUUCCACGCGGGCAGCACUGACCUGUGCUUCACGGACAGGGAGUUGCACCAGGACUGCACCAACUACCUGCGGUUCCUGGGGAACAUCCAGAAGUCGUCGUCAAAACAAGUCAGCAAGGAGACGACCAGGAAGAGGUCAGUAUCUUUAUUGAAUAUUAUAAUGACAGACCGGACACACCAUGUAAUUUUAACAAUAAAGUUAUUGAUAAUAGGUUAUUAACAACACCCUACUUUAUUUUCACAGAUUCGACACCUUCCAGGAGGGUGUUCUCUCUACGGCGGAGAUCACUGCCGUGCUGGCCGCUGCAA